AACCCGCAACCUCAUGGUUCCUGGUCGGAUUCGUUAACCACUGCACCUUGAUGGGAACUCCUGCACUCACAUUUUAAUGCUCCAGUUCCGAGUGCCAGGCGUCGCUUAUACUCACUGCUCUUGAGCUAGAUGAGUCACAUGGCUCCACUCACUCUCACUAGGACCAGUGAUGACAAUUCUGCUCAGCCUGGCAAGUGGGGGUCCAGCUUGUAUGGUGCCAAGCAUUAUGACUACCAGUGUGGGGCUGCUGUUUGUACCUCGGGUAGGGCGGUCGGGGAAGGCCUCAGCCUCCCUCAUCUGAUGGAGGAGAGAGAGGAAGAUUAGUGGCAGUGGGAAUGGAGGGGCACAGCUGGAAAAGGUCACGCAGGGCUUUGAAAAGGCAGCCGCCUAUGUGUUCAGAGACCAACCUGGAGGCUGGUGUCAAGAGCAGAGCUGGUGAGGGUAAGAGGACAGUCUGGCUAGCACAAUAGCCCAGGGGCUCAGACCAGGGAGGGAGCAGUGGGGGAGGAGAGAAGGGCUGAUUGGACCCACUCUGAAGGUAAACCAAGAGGCCUCACCAUGGUGGAGAUGGGGUGCCAGUGAUGGAGAGGAGGCAGGCCGAUUCCAGGAAGGAGAGGCAGGAAAAAUGCAGCUGGAGCAGGAGGGGGUGGGCAGGAGGCAGGGUUUGCCAGAACUGAGGUGACAUCACCUGAUAGUGGGUGGGCAAUAUGGAGUUUGGGGAAGGUCUGGCUGGGGGUGCUAAUUUGGAGCCCCAGCUUUCUCCCUCCUGCGGGCCCCUGCCACCUCCUGGUCACACAACCUACACCUGUACCUGCUGGCUCAGGAGAGGCUGCCCCAGGCCCCACGCCUCCAUCUUGCUGGGUCCCCCUGCUGCUGGGGUCAGGGGGAGCUUCGUGUGAGCUCCACCAGGGGAGGCAAGGUGAGUUGAGGGAGCCACAGCAUUGUGUGUUGGCCUGGCUACUGUCUGAGGUUCAGGAGCACUGGGGACAGUACCACCUGUGGGUCUCAUACCCACCAAGUACAGGGACUACAGUGGUGCAAGGGAUUCUAGGGCUGGGCUGUCUGGGAGAGCUAUUUAGGGGAGAGAGUCACACAUUGGCUUUGGGAUGGGUAGGGUUUGACCUGAGAGAUGGAGUUGAGCUACCCGUGGAAGCUGCCUGCAACCUCUACACCUCUAGGCUCCUUGGGCCUUGCCCUUUAGGGAGCUGCUGGUCAGUGACCAAAAGAGAACUGGGUCUGAUGGGACUGUGGUUUCAGCCAGGAGACCUGUUUUAUCUCCCUGCUCUUUCAUCUCCUAAUCUGUUGGAAAACUCCAGCUCAUCCUUGAAAGCCCAUCUUAGAAUCACCUCUUCCAGGAUGCCCUCUCUGACUUCUCCCUACAGUUAGUUCCCCUACCCUCCUGCCCCCUCAGCACCCAGCAUAGACCCCUAAUACUGAGUUUCUCACACUGCACUGUGGUGUUACUUCUGCCUCUACUGGCAGACGUUGCUGUCCACAGGUUCUCCUGUUUCCAAGUGUGCCGCACAGGUCAGCAAGACCUCAGGGAUGUUUGUUGACUGAAUAAGUGAGAGAAGGAAGAAACAGACAUGAGGGCUGGAAUGGCCUAUGGAGACUACCUGGUUCUGUUUUCUUAUUUUACACCUGGGGAAAGUGAGGCCCACUGGGGCUGUGGUUUGCUGAAGUUCAGCCAGUGCGUCAGGGGUCAGAGCAGGAUACCUCUGCUAUGCUAGGUUCUGGGCUGCCUGGAACCCUGUGGGUUCCAGAACUAAGGGAUCCCAGAGGCAGACAGAUUGGAGGUGACAGGUGAUUGGCCAGAUGAGAGCAUGUGGACAAUGGCCUGGGGUUUCCGGAGGAAAGCAGCCUGGGGCCUCCACCUUGUCUCUUCACUUCUCUCCUCUCUGGAGCUCUGCAGCCCCCAAGGGCUCUGGCUGUAGCCUCACGGUCACUGGCCGACCAGUGGGGUUUCUCUGGCAAACCCAGUGCCCUGCGUCUCAGCCUCCAGUGGAAUAACCCCACCCUCACUGUCCCACUCACACCGCCUGCCUGCCUGGGGUCCAGCCCACGGCAUUUCCCAAAGGUCAGUGUGGCUGUCACAUGAGCCGCCACCUGCCCGUGGUGAGAGUGAGUCAGAGGACCUGGGUCUUCUUUAACCCUCAUGCAGUCACUGUUCCAGUGACACAAGUGGAAGCUGAGACGCUGAGGUCUAAAGCAGCACCCCGAGCAGAGCAGGAGGAGCCGACCUUCAUUCUGGGGCUGGCCGACCGCAAGCACCAGGGCCCUGGGCAACAUCCUUAGAAGAAGGAUGGGAGGUUCCUAGAGGUGCCUGCCCAACCCAGAGGGCAGAAUGGUGUGAUGUCGUGGGUGUGUGGCCAGGAAAGGAGGUUGUGGGCCACGUGGCUGACCUGGGUGGCAGGGCAGCCUUACGGGGGACAGCGUGUCCCUGAACAGUGGCUAGGAGACCUACAGAACUGAGAGGCCCCAGGCACCUGCUCGCACACACACCCGUCCCCCUUCGCCACCAAAUGAGCGUAAAGGCAGCACUCCAGGUGGACUGAGUCAGGCUGUCUUUGGCGGUGGGGACACCUAUACCCGGGGAAGAUAGAUAGGAAACUAUGCCCCAGACGUCCGUGGUCUUUGCCAGCAUACUCGGGCCCAGCUGUAGUGGACAGGGGCAGCCUGGCAUGGGGGAGCGAGGAGGUGGGGCCGGUGGCUCCGGGGACCUCAUCUUCCAAGAAGGACGCCUCAUCUCCGGGUCACUGGAGGCCUUGAUGGAGCACCUGGUCCCCACAGUGGACUAUUACCCUGAUAGGACGUACAUCUUCACGUUUCUCUUGAGCUCCCGGGUCUUCAUCCCCCCUCAUGACCUGCUGGCCCGCGUGGGGCAGAUCUGCCUGGAGCAGCGGCAGCAGCUGGAGGCCGGCUCUGAGAAGGCCAAGCUGAAGUCCUUCUCAGCCAAGAUCGUGCAGCUGCUGAAGGAGUGGACGGAGGCCUUCCCCUAUGACUUCCAGGACGAGAAGGCCAUGGCCGAACUGAAGGCCAUCACCCACCGGGUCACGCAGUGUGACGAGGAGAACGGCACAGUGAAGAAGGCCAUUUCCCAGAUGACACAGAGCCUGCUGCUGUCCCUGGCUGCCCGGAGCCAGCUUCAGGAACUGCGUGAGAAGCUCCGUUCGCCGGCCAUGGACAAAGGGCCCGUCCUCAAGGCCAAGCCGCCAGCUGCUCAGAAGGACAUCCUGGGCGUGUGCUGUGACCCCCUGGUGCUGGCCCAGCAGCUGACUCACAUCGAACUGGAGAGGGUCAGCAGCAUUCACCCGGAGGACCUGAUGCAGAUUGUCAGCCACAUGGACUCUCGGGACAAGCACAGGUGCCGAGGAGACCUGACGAAGACCUACAGCCUGGAGGCCUAUGACAACUGGUUCAACUGCCUCAGCAUGCUAGUGGCCACUGAGGUGUGCCGGGUGGUGAAAAAGAAGCACCGGACCCGCAUGCUGGAGUUCUUCAUCGAUGUGGCCCGAGAGUGCUUCAACAUCGGGAACUUCAACUCCAUGAUGGCCAUCAUCUCUGGCAUGAACCUCAGUCCUGUGGCAAGGCUGAAGAAAACGUGGUCCAAAGUCAAGACGGCCAAGUUCGACGUCCUAGAGCACCACAUGGACCCAUCCAGCAACUUCUGCAACUACCGCACAGCCCUGCAGGGGGCCACGCAGAGGUCCCAGAUGGCCAACAGCAGCCGUGAGAAGAUCGUCAUCCCUGUGUUCAACCUCUUCGUUAAGGACAUCUACUUCCUGCACAAAAUCCACACCAACCACCUGCCCAAUGGGCACAUUAACUUCAAGAAAUUUUGGGAGAUCUCCAGACAGAUCCAUGAGUUCAUGACAUGGACACAGGUAGAGUGUCCCUUCGAGAAGGACAAGAAGAUUCAAAGCUACCUGCUGACGGCUCCCAUCUACAGCGAGGAAGCUCUCUUCAUCGCCUCCUUUGAAAGUGAAGGUCCCGAGAACCACAUGGAAAAGGACAGCUGGAAGACCCUCAGGACCACGCUCCUUAACAGAGCCUGAAGGCACGGAUGCAGCCUGCAGACCUGGAUGAAGCACACCUAUGUACCGAGUUUUAAUCCUGAUCGAUAUGGGUUGAGAUGAGGAGGCCUCACUGGUUGGGGUCCAUUUUGUACAUACCUUUUAUGAAAAAAAGAAAAAAGGAAUUAUUUCAUGCAUCAACCUUUGGCACUUAAAAGUUUUUGUUUGUUUUUUUUUUUGGUUUAUUUUAAAUAACAGGGCAGGGCCCUGCUUUGGGGAGGGGUGGGGAAAGAGUAUCAUGGGGGAUGGCAUCCAUGAUAACAUCUUAUUCUAAUGAAAUGUAGAUUUUUAUUUUCUACUUUUGAUUAUUAACAUCUUACAAAAAAAAAUAUUUAAAAAACCCAACCAAAACCAACGUGAGCCCUGCCUACCUUCCAGCCAGUGUCUCUGAUGUCGGGGUUAGUGCCUUAGAGGGUCCUGGAGGGCCGGUCUCCCGCUCUGUCGUGGCCUGCAGCCAGCUCUGCCCUGGGCCACAAAGGCGCCUGCCCUCAAAGCCUAGGCCAGUGAGGUCCCGGCAUGAAGGACUAGGGUGGCCAGGAGGUCUCAUUUGCGUACUUCUGGAAGCGAACCUUGAACGCGGGCUUUCCAAAGUUUACAUUUUCAUGUUCCUUUAUCAGGGAUUUAUGGGGGUCAGGGGGGAGGGCAGGGGGAUACCUGGCAGCAUAUUUUCUGUUGGAAUUACGUCCGGCAAGUUAUUCUUCAACUACUUUUUGGGAAAAGAGGAAAUCUAAAAUAACGUAAGGAGGGGAGUCGUGGAAUUGUCGGUUUUCCAGGCUGUGACUGAAAGAGACUUAGCUGUAAUAAGGCGAAUACAAAGUACAGUUAAGGAUGGGGUUCAAGCUGGCUUUCAAUGUCCCCACUUCAAAGUGAAAAGAAGCACCUCACCAAUCAGGCUCCUCCCUCCUUCUGCGCAGGGGAGCGCCCCUGCUAGAAUCGGAGACAGAAACAUUAGCCAGUAUCCGCUGGAGCCCUCUCACCUAACACUGCCCAACAUUUGGAGGUUUUUUCCACACCCAAACGCGAGGGGUACACUCCGUUUUCUUUCUGACGCCCUGGCCCCUAAGAGGCCAGAAGCGGGCAGUCCACGCGAUGCGCUCCCCCUCGUGGCAGGGCUCUCAUUCCGUACCGAUUUGGAAUUACUCACCCUUGUUUCUCUCCGCACACCCGUCUUCUGCCAGCUGGGAGUCCUGGCUGAGGCCGGGGCAGCAAGUUGCUAAUUCCCAAACCUCCGAGGAGAGCUGGGGACGUGAAGGCGAAGCCUUAGGAGGGAGGUGGCUUUGUGAUCGCUGCUGAUGUCACCCUCGGCCCUGGGUGGAGCAAGGAUAUUCUUUACACUGUAUUGUCACAGUGUUUUUGCACUUUUCAGAUGUUCUAGAUAGUACAUAUUGUAUAUUGAUAGUACAUACUGCUUUGUUUAUGUAUUUGAGAUAAAGAAAGGUUUAAAACUUGAGAAUAUAUAUUUGGAAUACGAUGUUAGAUCCUUUUCUGUCCACGUGUUCAGGAGUUUUCCCAUCAGUGUGCACUUUGCUGGGUCAUCAGUUCUAGUCCCUACCUGACACAGUGUCCACAUUUGCUACUUUAUCUUCCCAAUUUGAUACACACCCUAACUGUGGCGUUUUGGUACCUCAAGAUGAACUCUGAGGAUAAAGCUGUACUAUAAUGCAGGAUGUCAGCUGUUGGUGUGACUGGACGUACUUGCAUCAAUAAAAGAACAUGUCACUCCC